AUGCAGCCAUUCAAUCUUACUGCUACUGGGCACAACCUAAAUUAUCUCCCUGAAUAUAUCGCUCGCCGACAUGGAUUCUUCGAGGAACAAGGACUAGAUGUCAAAGUUUCUAUUCCCACCCCAUGGGAUGGCGUACUUGAUGCGCUCGCUGAUGGCUCAGCCGAUAUGGCCCUUGGCGGCCUUUGGGUACCGGCAAUGUACCGCAACCGGGUGAAAGACUACACAGUCUUUGCGCAAAUUGCGAAUCGCUGCCCUCUUGCCCUCCUCUGUCGUAGCCCGGCGAAAGACUUCAAGAUCGCCGAUGUGGCUGGAAAGACAGUUUUGAUGAAGGGUAUCGGUGGCGCCAGCGCUGGUCUAUUCUUCAAGAUGUUCUUACGCGAGAACAAGGUUGACCACAGAUCUGUCGACUAUAUCCAGGAUCUCGAUGGAAAAAUGCUUGGUGAGUUGUUUGAGGGGGGAAUGGGCGACUAUUUCGUGACGGACAACCUCUCGGCCAAGGCUAUGACUGAGCGGAACCCCAACAUCUCAGUUGCGAUGCAAAUGGUCUCACAAGGUGAGAUUCCCUGGAGCGUAUACUAUCGGGAGACCGCGACCAUCACUCCCGAAGUCCUGGAUGCACAGAGGAGGUUCUGCUUAGGCCUCCGUAAGGGUAUCGAAUGGGUUCUGGAACAUGACGCAGAAUCAUACAAGGACGAGCUUGCCGAACUCUUCCCCAAUAUCCCAGUUGAUGUCGCUGUUGCCGUUACAAAUUCCUUCCGUCGCGAUGGCAUGUGGACGACACCAAUCAUUCCGCGCGCUGCUUUUGACCGAUGGCAGCUAGGACUUGCCGAAGCUCAGCUGCUUGAGGAGCCUUUUGUAUACGAAAAAUUGGUCAAUGAUGAGCCUGCAGUAAAGGCUCAAAGUGAAAAGAUUUCUUUCUCAUGA